CUUUAGGCCGAAGUUGGGGUUCAAUGGUAAACUAUCUGGCAGCAAGUUGCAAUUUUUUGAAUGCCAAUCCGAACGCAACGUAAGGUAACCAACGUAAUAGACGCCCAUCGUCUGCUAAAUACAGCGCAAAGUUCGAACGAAGAUCAAACUGGUCAUUCAAAUCGGAUCGACAGGAGUAUAUGCGACCAGUCGGCUUAACACACGGUGUUAUUAAUAAACAUGACAUAACUUCUUUACGGCCUUAGUUAAGACCUUUGGGUAAGACCAAGGACCACAGCAGCUCAAAAUACAUGCCCGGUGUAUAUUUAAACGCGCAGAACGAGGUAUAACCCGACGCACAGGCGACGUUAAGCGUGACGUAACUCUAUUUUCAAUUCAACGUCAAGCAUGCUGCCGUGAAAGGAAAACAACGCUAUAGUAGUCGUGGUGUCACGUUACCAGGUGUUUGGUUUGCGGAGUAACGACCGAAGUCAAAACCGUUUUUGCAAAGUGUAGAAAGUAUGAUGGAAGUAUAUGGAGCAAUAUGCCCUGGAAGCAACCAACCGCGUUAAGUUUAUAUUCAUUAUCACGACCGUCACAGGCAAACAGGAUGCCCUGCAGCUACCGCACCGUAGCAUAGUUUAAAUCAAUGUAAAAUCUUUUUACAGUCAUUCAAUUUAACUUCACUUCCAAAUUUACAUAAUUUCAUCGCAUAUUAAAAGUAAAGUGUAUUUACUUAUGUACAGACUACAGACAAGUUAUAGGCUGGCAUAAAACACGACAGUAUCCAGUUUCCAGCAUUAAAACAAAGCAUUUCACAGAAAUUAAAAACUUUUGCCGGAACUUUUCAUACUACUUCGUUCUGUCGAGAAUUUCUCACGAUAUUUGGAGACAGACAAUAUCACAACAACAACGCGCCUCUAAAACUCCCUUGACAUUAACUGCACCUGUGACUUCAACGAGUGCCUAUCAAAACUAAAUGGUCUUGCUUCUCAAAAGCUUUAAGCUAAAACCUUUUGGUACCGUACACGUUUUCCUGCGUUUGUUUCAUUAAUAAACUCGGCGGUUGGGUCUAGCGGCAGAGAAAAACUUGAAAUGGCGUGAGCAAUUGGCUGCCGGCAUAAGGCAUGGUUUGCGGGAAACGCGAAGAACGCUCGUAAACUGACUAUCCCUGUGUUUUGUAUCCUCAGAGGAAUUCUCGUCAGCUUGACAGUUAAAGAUUCCAACGUCAAGUUGUCUCUUGCUUAAAUCUAUCGUCUAAUUAAUUAGCUGAAAACUUGACCAACGGCAAAUUUAGUGAUAUUUUCAACAGGUGAUUAAACUCAUUAGUUUCUUAAGGGCUAAUUAAACUGUAGCGAAAUGAAAAGCUGCCGCAUUUCUACCCUAACAAUGUUAGGCUAACAUUGCAUAAAUUUUUUAGGAUUUAAAAUGGAUGUGUUGGGAAGAAACAACCACCGUCGCGAAGAAGCUAACCGCAGAAACCGAGGGCUGUAAUUUUACCCGGGAGCUAAAACCGGGCAAUUCUACCUGUUGGCAACAAUCGUGUGGAUGCGAUGUUCAAGUUAGCACUGAAACGUCACAACGCUCAAGUUGUGCUGCCCUUUUCUCCCAGCAGUCUUGGCAGCCAGCCCAAUCUAAGAUUUCGAGUAUUUCUCCAAACUUCAGUUAUCAACGAUACAUUUACCAUGGCGCAAGAAUUUUGCAAUCAUAUGUCACAACGAACACAUACGAUUAUUGGUUUCUGGAAAGCGAGUUCAAUGAACGCAAUUAUUUCUUAUUCUGAUACUUUCAACAUCCCAUGGAUUACUCCGAGUUUACCAUUGCCCGACCAACCAACCAAACAUGUCAUUAACCUUCACCCAAAAUUUGAAACAUUUCUUCUGGAUUUUUUAUUCAAGUUGGGAUGGAAGGAAUUUACAUUAGUGUACGAUCAAAAAGAAGUUCAUUUGCCGGUAAAGGCGGCGAUCGCUUUUUGUCUGGAACGUGGCUUGAGAAUCCAGGUUCGAAACUUGGCAGGGGUGGAUAAUAUCUUGCCGACACUGAAGGAGAUAGCGUGCAAAAAAGAAUACAAAGUUUUGUUUGACGUAUCGCUGCAACGAUCAAUGCAGACACUGGAAAAGAUCAAAAUUAUGGGCAUGCUUUCCAUGGAUUACCAUUACAUAUUCUCGGAUCUGUCACUCAUAGACCAGGACCUUCGGCAAUUCGCGUACGGUGCAAGUAACCUCACUUUUCUUGGACUCGUGGACAAGAGUUUUGAACUCUAUGAUAGCGUACUUCAGGGACAGACCAACCCAUUUUUUAACACAGUCGGGAGUGAAUCGGCCUUAAUAUACGAUGCUUUUACUGCUAUGGCAUCCGGUAUGCGACAAGUUAUUGCAGAGGGUUUGGUUUUCGAAACAGAAAUCCAGGACGAAAUCAAUCGUGUGGAACGUGUCACGUGCCACCAAAUGUCUAUUCUUCCUCUAAACACUGGCAGUGAAAUAAGUAAAGCAAUUAAAGAGGUAAAAUUUCAAGGCCUGACGGGCAACGUUGAAUUUGACCAGCAAGGCCAACGAAUCAACUACAGUGUCCGAAUUUAUGCUCUGGAUAGACUGGGUCUUAACAGCAUCGGUACAUGGACGGAUUCCUCUGAAGAAGGCGAUGGGAUAUUGGAACUAAACGAUGUGGAUUUGGUAGACCAGAGUGAUUGGAUAUUAGAGUCUUACAGGAACGAAACGUUAAUCGUGACUACAAUUGUGGAAGAACCAUACGUAAUUCGUAAACCAAAUUGGCAAGAGUUGGAGGGGAAUGACCGUUUUGAGGGAUUUUGUGUCGACCUACUUAAAGAAAUAACUAAGAUUGCUCAGAUACAAUACCGGAUCAAACCGGUUGAUGACGGUCAGUACGGAUCCAAAAACGACAAAGAUGGAACAUGGAAUGGAAUGAUAGGAGAAGUUAAAUACCAAAAAGCUCACAUGGCAGUGGCACCUCUCACUAUUACGUCAGCAAGAGAAGCAGUUGUCGAUUUUACCAAACCAUUUAUGACACUUGGCAUCAGUAUCAUGAUCAAAAAACCCGAGAAACAAAAUUACAAUAUAUUCAGUUUUUUGGAUCCCCUAUCAACUGAGAUUUGGAUAUGCAUUGUAUUUGCUUACGUUGGAGUAAGUGUGGUCCUCUAUUUGGUCUCCAGGUUCAGUCCAUACGAAUGGCAUCGAAGGAGCCUUACAAAAGUUACCAAUAACGACGAAAUUGAUGCGGCAACAGACUUCGGUAUUUUUAACAGCUUGUGGUUUUCGUUGGGUGCUUUCGUACAACAGGGCUGCGAUAUUUCGCCAAAGUCGUUCUCAGGUCGAAUUGUUGGGGGUGUGUGGUGGCUGUUCACCCUGAUAGUUAUCUCAUCGUACACUGCGAAUCUUGCAGCUUUUCUUACUGUGGAUAAAAUGGUGACACCGAUUGCAGGAGCGGAAGAUCUGGCAAAACAAACCCUCAUCCAGUAUGGAACUCUAAGGUCCGGUUCAACAGUUAACUUUUUCAAACAAUCGCCUUUGCCUACAUAUGAGAAGAUGUGGGCAACGAUGAAGUCUCAGGAACCAUCCGUGUUCGUUAGUUCAAACAAAGAAGGCAUAGCGAGAGUCAGAGCAAGCGAUGGAAAAUACGCAUUUCUAAUGGAAUCCACGUUGAACGACUACACAGAGCAACGUCGGCCUUGCAACACUAUGAAAGUCGGGCCCAAUAUCGAUUCAAAGGGCUAUGGUAUCGCCCUGCCCAAGGGCUCACCUCUCUACGAUACGGUAAACUUGGCCAUUUUAACAUUACGCGAGCAAGGAAAAUUACAGAAGCUUAAAAACUACUGGUGGUACGACAAAAGUGAAUGCGGUGCAAAUGGUGGAAGCGGAGCGACGAAAACGCCAGCCUUGACCCUCGGCAACGUAGCAGGAGUGUUCUAUGUGUUAAUUGGAGGCAUGGGGCUUGCAAUAUGUACUGCGUUGCUGGAGUUUUGGUAUCACGCCCACAAGAUCCGUAACUUCAAGAGGAAGCAGAAAGCAAAAGCAGCAGCACGAGAUAGGUUGCUUGCCGAGAGGUCGGUCAAUAUAUCAACCACCGACAACAUCCCGUCGGUAGGUGGCGACCACGAGUCAGCGGGACGUUUUAAAUUCUGGCGAAGGAAAUAAGGAUACUCAUUGCAAUUUAUUCUUCUUGAAUCGUGUAUGUAGAUUGGCAAAAACACGUGUCCGUUCUUCAAUUUGUAAAUUACCGUAUUUGAGUUUUCGUACAUUUUUACUGCCGUCGACGAGCGCGAACAUUUUAACGUUUCCCAACACAACGCAAAUGGAAAGAACCGAAAUCCCUAGUAAAUGGGCGGAGAUCGUUAUGUUGGACACCUGAUCAGCAUGAGAAACUGAAAAGAUCGCUUGUAAAUAGGCGGAGAACGUUGUUUACUUCCCGCCCAUUCCCCAGCAGUCAAUAACCUGCCACAACAAGUUCCGAUGCUAACUGUUUUCCGUAAGUCGACACCACUGCUUUGUUGGAGGAUAAUCAGAUUAUGUCGCGACGCCAUCUCUCAGAUGGGAGAAUUUAUUUGAAUCCACUGAUUUCGUGUUCGAAAAGUAAGCAGACACCUCUUUUUUGCUUUUUUUACGGGAGUUUGCUUCUGAAAGGAGCGUGGGGGCUGCCAGAGAAAUCGAAGCCGACUUGGAAAAUGUUUUUGUUGUCCGUCUGUUUGUGACGUAACCCUGCUCGUGAAUGGAGCGGAAAAACACACACUUCGAAUCACUGUUAUGAAAUGUUUACCAGCUUGUAUCGACUUGAAAGGGAAUUAUGUCAUUGUCA